AUGGCCCAGUCUAAUGCUACUGGAUCAUCGGGGGUUGUAAGGAACAGCGCACUGUCGUUUGUAGAAGAAGCAGCGCCUGCGCAAGGCAGCUGUCAAGAAGAUAUAGCACACUGUUCAAAAGAGCCAGUUGGUCAAGAUAGAAUGGUGCCAGCAGGACUGAAAGCUUUAUGUGAAGCAUAUUCUGGUCUAUAUCCAGACCAGCCUAAUCCCCUGCAAGUGACUACCAGACUUAAAUAUUGGUUAGGUGGACAUGAUCCCUUGGACUACAUUAGCAUGUACUGGAACCCUGGCAAACCAGUGGAAAAUAUACCAGCACAUUGGCAUUAUGUAAGUUUCGGUUUAUCGGACCUGCAUGGUGACGGGCGGGUACACGCAGGAGGCGGGGUGACGUCGGGAUACGGGCUCGAGUUGACUCUUCGUUUGGCGGCCGACACAUCGAGCACGUCUGCGGGGGCACAGCCUCCACUCUGGCCUGCCGCGUUACUACAAGCGCUCGCCAGAUAUAUAUUCACCACUGGCAACAAGUUCUGUGCUGGUGACCACAUAAGUUGGCACGCGGCUUUAGAUGGGGAGACGCGGGGUGGGUCACGAAUUCGACAUCUCCUCGUAGCCGAGGAUCCACAGUUGAAGGCUAUCGAUACCCCGCAUGGAACCGUCGAGUUUUUGCAGGUUGUGGGCUGCACUGGAAGAGAACUGAGAGCCGCACAGCGUGGAUCCUGUAUGGACGUGCUCAAACUUAUAGGCGAAGAUCCAAGGUGUGGGGCGGGCGGGUGGCUAGUGACGCGCGUGUCUCGUCGCGUGUCGGCGCGCGGUGUCCGCACGCGUGUGUCCGGGCCCGCUCAGCUGGCGGGCGUCACGGCCGCAGUGCGGUACCACGCUCUACCGGACAACAAACAGUGUGGUAGCGAGGACGCUUCAGUUUCCCCUGGACUAUCACCCAGGGUAGAGCAGGAAAUCAAAGAGACAUUGCAGCGAGGUCUCAGCUGUAUGAGCACUGACAGGAGCGGGCCUGAAGGUCACAUGUCAACGGAUAGUUUUGAAAUGUCAAGUAUAGAACGAGCGUUACCACGAAUACCGGAAGUGAUGCAGGGGUCAUGGCGGGGCGAGGAGGAGGUAGAAUUCUAUCCCGGAGUACAUUUGAUAAUGAAUGCUGAAGGAGCGAGCUUGUUACCUUUAGCCAUAGAUGGUCGAGUGUUGCACGGUCGUCAUUUCACCUGGCGUUAUGGUUCGCGCGCGGUCACGUUACUGCCGACGGGCGUGUGCGGCGCCGCCACCACUGUACACCAACCGUACGCCGCCAGGGGACUGUGGAUGCAGAUUUUAAUACCAAACCCGUUAGCUUUUGACAUGUCAAAGAAAGUGGCGAAAUUUUCAAGCCUCGCCGAAACAGAUUCCGAGUCGGACAGCGGCGACGAGAAGCAAAAGAAUGAACCAAUACUGCUUCCUCUCACUCUCUCCUGGCCGGAAUACAACUUUAAAAUUACUAUUGUACAAGACUUGGACGUUUUAUUAUAA